AGAAACCUGGCUUGCCUCAUAUUGCGAAGCAUGCAAUCACGCGAAGUUAUUGCAAUUGUAUUCCAUAUGAUCACAAAAUAACUUCUCUACGACUCUUGAACGUUUUGCAAUCAUGGUUGAUUAGAAAAGAGCCGUUCGUUAAAGCUGUUAUGAUACUUAAAAUAAGGGAUGUAUAACUUUUGUGGAUGAAGAGAAGAUGUCUAUGUAAACAAAGAUUGAAUUUCGAGUGAUUAUCAUAGGUAAGAUUGCAUUAAAUUCAGCAGACUUGAAUUUUAUAAUUAUACAAGUUCACAGCUAGCAACCAAAUAUAUUAUCAGACAUAUUUUGCUACUUUAGUUUAAAUAAAUGAAUCCCAUGAGCUCAUUAAACUCACCGGCGAUAAAAUUUGUUCUUUGAUUAUAUUCAUUUAUUUAAAACCAGAGUUACGAAAAAGGUCUGUAGAGUAUAGUUCCGUAUGUCCGUAUCUAAGUUGGUUUGUUUGUUGUGAGUAUAUAGAACAUUCCAGGCUGGCCGCUGAUAUCUAGACUUCUCAUAGAAUGAGAUUAUAUAAUGAACUAUAGUUGGAUGUAUAUAUAGAUGGUUGACAAAAUUGUGGAAAACUGUUACGAUUGGACUAACAAUGAAUAUAAUUCGGUUAUUUUUUUAAGAUUGUACACUUCAUUGUUUAAAUUAUUUGGAUGUGUUUGACCUGCAUACCCCUUGCAUAGCAAAGGCAGGCGAUACAUUUGCUGUUUUUUUCGUGUCAGAUACUAUAGCCAUAUUCCUAUCCUAGUUUUAGCGGAUGGUAAGAGAACUGAAUUAUUCGUUUUCAAUCAGUUAAUCGCGUGUGUAUUCUUGACUGUUCUGUUGAUGAAUGAGCCAAAAAUAGUAGAAAUUUGUUCAACAAAUUAGAGUAGUGAUAUAGAUUAUCAAAUCAUUGCGGCAAAAAGGUUAAGCUUAUCAUUACAUGCAGAGCGACAAAACUCAAAAGGCAUAACUGUGUAGAACAUUGUUAAUCAGUCAGACGAGAUCGCUAUAAAUACACUUACAUAUAUAUAGUCCUAGACCUCACGUUUAUAUAUCAUUAAUAUUUAAUAUUUGUAUGAUCAAGGAUAUACAAAUAUAGAAUUUAUCUGAGUGUGGGGAAAUUUUUGGAUCGGAAACAAUAAUUUUCUUCAGCAUCUUCGAGUGUGAUUUUUCAAACUCUCCCACUGAGUUCCACAAGAGUUAACGUCAUCAAUAUCCGUCUCCUCUAUCUAAUUGGAUUGACAUUUUCAUCGGCUGAAACUGAUUGGUUUGCGCCGGACGCAAGUUUGAAACCGGUACUGAAUAUUUACUUUGACUAGAAUUUUCUAUACUGCAGCGAGAUGAUGUUUCCCUACAGUAGUAAAUUCGAAUUUAUCAACAAAACACUGCAUGCUCAAAAGGUUUUAGCUCGCGACCUGACUGCUCAAAUACAAUUUACGCUUUAGACUAAUUUUGGGCGGAAGAUUUAUCUAUUUUCCUGCAGUCUUAUCAAGGUGAAAUAGUUAUAACGCUAGCUCGGAUUGGAGAACAUGACGGAAGUUUUUACUGAUACUUAUCUCUGCACCUGUUAGAAAAAUAUGAAACGAUAUUUCAAUAUUUGCUUGCAGGCACGACUACAUUGACAGGUACUUGUUGCCAAACUAAACUACUUAGAUAACAUUGUAAUGUUAUAGAACAAAGUUUACAUAUGAUCCAAAAGCCGACUCUUUAUAAUGUUAUAGAACAAAGUUUACACAUGAUCCAAAAGCCGACUCUUUAUAAUGUUAUAGAACAAAGUUUACAUAUGAUCCAAAAGCCGACUCUUUAUAAUGUUAUAGAACAAAGUUUACAUAUGAUCCAAAAGCCGACUCUUUAUAAUGUUAUAGAACAAAGUUUACAUAUGAUCCAAAAGCCGACUCUUUAUAAUGUUAUAGAACAAAGUUUACAUAUGAUCCAAAAGCCGACUCUUUAUAAUGUUAUAGAACAAAGUUUACAUAUGAUCCAAAAGCCGACUCUUUGCAGUCUUAUCUCCAUAUUGGUCCAUAAAGACUUUGUUUAUACUUGAUAGCUAUAUCGAUUGUAAAGUACCAACUCAUAUUUGCCGAAGUUCAUAACAUUACAAAGCUUUAGUUAACAAAACAAAAUUCACAUUAUUUCUAUACUGAAUGGCCGCUUAAAGUGUUGAACUUGUUCUCAAUAGAGGUCCUAGUAAAGACAAUAGCUAGUUUUGUUGCCUGUUGGUCUAAUAUUAUUCCAGAACAGAACCUGGAGUCUGGAACGUACCUUAACUGGAAGUGUUUUCGAAAUCCUUAUUGUUGAGAUAGUAUAGAUCCUAUAGUUGAAAAUGUUAUGCAAUUCAAUUUCCGUGCUAUGGAUAAGUAUGGGAGUAUAGUGCAUAUAUACAUUGUCAUUGUAUUUUAAUUUGCACAAUUGUUUUCCUGAGGUGAAAUUAUACAGACGACUAUAUAUUGCAGGAAUGGAACCCCAGUCUGACAAAGAUAAAAUGCACAUGAACUAGCAACUAUGUCAUUCAGCCUUGACCUCAAUGUCGUUCCCAGAGCACGCCUGUUCGCAGGUUAGGUGUCGGGCAUAGCUAACCUGCGCACGGGCAUGCUUACGAGAUCGCCAAGACCUUGAACCUUUAAACCUUUACUCGGCUGGCUUUGGCCAGUUUGGUCAAUUUUGGGCUAACAUUUGGUAGUGACGAAGCUUGCCAAAGCCAGCCAAGUAUCCAGCCCAGAUUGUAUCAUCAGCUGCUAUUCUGCAUGUAACAUAUUUCAUUCACAGGAAAAUUUGAUGGCCCACUCAUCAGCACGUGCGAAGCCAUAUGUCGUUGAAAUCCAACGACAUUAUUACCUCGAUGAAUUAGGUGGGAAAGGAAAGCACAUUAGACCACCAGUUACCACGUCUAAUCCUUCCAUACCCCCUUAUGUCCGUUCGGGCACAAGGAAGUCUCAUGAAGGAGGGAUGUCUAAAGCAAGACAUGUACCCUUGGAUCCCUCUCGGCUGAAUAGAGGUUCGCUGGAAUACGAGGAUAUUUAUAACCAAAGAAAUUAUUCCAGAGAGAACUCGCAUCUCAAACAACAAGGCAGGUGGUCCUUCAGAGAUGAUGGUGGAUAUGGCAGGGUACGUGGUAACUCAAGGCGUUCACCAGGGAUAGCUCGUGCUACUGAGAUGAGACUAAUGAAUGGGGAUGUUAGACAUAGUGGGAAAACUAUUGAUAGAGGGGACAUUACAGACACAAGACAUCAAAACGGGACAGUAAGUGAUAAUGGUCAUAUGAGGGCCAGCUACAAAGGGGUGCGCAUGAGUACAAGUCGUAAUGGACCUGGUCAUGAACAAAACAGGGCGACCAAGGAUAAAAAUGACAAUAAGCGUGAUGAUCUAGAAUUAUGGAUUGCUAGACAGACUUCGUUUCCGAAAAAACAAGAUGGAAUGAUAGGAAUAUCAAACCAGAGAAAUAGUACUGUGUCACAUGAUUCAGCGUCUAACCAAUCAAAUUCUGUCCAUGAGAAAUAUAGGAAUAUUAUACCCCCACCAGUUGCUCCCAAACCUCGUCUCCAGACCUCACGGUCGGCCUCUCCCGCUUCAAGUGUACGGUCCAAUCAGAGUGGCGCCAGCAGCAACAUCUCGCAUCAUUCAGCAAGAUCUGGCACGAGUGAAGUGAGCGUGGUGAGUAUCGCUGGACAUACAUAGAAAUUUAAAAUCAGUUCUAGACUGUUCUUUCUGUCCUUUCUAUUAGGACAGGAGGAAACCUAAACUAAACUAACUUUAUUUGUACUGGAUAGGUCUAUCAGUUCUAAACUGUUCUUUCAAGAGGUCCAGUAUGGUCAAAUUGGUGCUGUGUUACUACAGGAGGAAGCCAUUGAAAGAACUCAUGCAUGGCUUUAUCAAUUCUAAACUGUUCUUCCUAGAGAUGCAAUAACGACCAUGCCUCAUUAGUGCAGCUAGUAUUAGCACACGAGGAAACCUAAACUAGACUUAAACCUAAACUAUUUUUACUGUAUAGUUCUAGCAGUACCACAUAAACUCGGCUAACGUUUUACUAGAUAUGUCCAUGGCUAUAUCUUGUUAGUCCGCCCUACCUUAUAGCCACAAACCGUGGUGGUGAGGUAUGCCGAAAUCCGGCGUACUUUUUAGCCACAAACCGUGGCCAUCGCACCGCAUGCACUCAUCCAUCGUACCACCAACACCUCGUCGUCAGUGAAACGUUGCUAUAUCAUUUUUGUUCUAGAAAUCAAUUCUUAAGAAACCAAACGUUGGACGCGUUGUUCUCAAGGAGGAGCCAUCAUCGUACACAUUAUGCGCAGUACUAUCUUGUAUCCUGUGUUUUCCAAGUUACCUAACUACCUACCUACAAUCGCAGGUAAACGACCUACCUAUACUUACCUACCUAACGUACCUACCGACCUACCUACCAGCCUACCUAAGUCACCUACCUACCUACUUACCUACUUAAGUUAACU